GAAAAUGGAUGCACAGAGUUCAGCCAAAAUCAAUGCAAGGAAGAGGAGGAAAGAGGCACCUGGACCCAAUGGGGCAACAGAGGAAGAUGGAAUUCCUUCAAAAGUGCAACGCUGUGCUGUUGGCUUACGGCAGCCAGCUCCUUUUUCUGAUGAAAUUGAAGUUGACUUUAGUAAACCCUAUGUCAGGGUAACUAUGGAAGAAGCAAGUAGAGGAACUCCUUGUGAACGGCCUGUGAGGGUUUACGCAGAUGGAAUAUUUGACUUAUUUCACUCUGGUCAUGCCCGGGCUCUGAUGCAAGCAAAGAACCUUUUCCCUAAUACAUACCUCAUUGUGGGAGUCUGCAGUGACGAGCUGACGCACAACUUCAAAGGCUUCACGGUGAUGAAUGAAAAUGAGCGCUACGAUGCAGUGCAGCACUGCCGCUAUGUGGAUGAAGUGGUGAGGAACGCCCCCUGGACUCUGACGCCCGAGUUCCUGGCAGAACACAGGAUUGAUUUUGUAGCCCAUGAUGAUAUCCCUUAUUCUUCUGCUGGGAGUGAUGAUGUUUAUAAGCACAUCAAGGAGGCAGGCAUGUUUGCUCCAACACAGAGGACUGAAGGUAUCUCCACAUCAGACAUCAUCACUCGAAUUGUCCGUGACUAUGAUGUGUAUGCAAGACGGAACCUACAGAGAGGCUACACAGCAAAGGAACUCAACGUCAGCUUUAUCAAUGAGAAGAAAUACCACUUGCAGGAGCGGGUUGAUAAAGUAAAGAAGAAGGUGAAAGACGUGGAAGAAAAGUCAAAAGAAUUUGUUCAGAAGGUGGAGGAAAAAAGCAUUGACCUCAUUCAAAAAUGGGAGGAAAAGUCCCGAGAAUUCAUUGGAAGUUUCUUGGAAAUGUUUGGUCCAGAAGGAGCACUGAAACAUAUGCUGAAAGAGGGAAAAGGCCGGAUGCUGCAGGCCAUCAGCCCAAAGCAGAGUCCCAGCAGCAGCCCUACUCGUGAACGCUCCCCCUCCCCCUCUUUCCGAUGGCCCUUCUCUGGGAAGACUUCCCCAACUUCCUCCCCAGCAACUCUCUCCAGGCACAAGGCUGCAGCCUGUGAUAUCAGUGAGGAUGAAGAAGACUAAGCUUUCAUUCCUCCUUUCCUCUCCUCUCCCUCUGUUCCAUCACCUUCAGAAGCUCUCUGUUGAAUUCCACAUUGUGAUACCAACACUAAACCCAAGGACAGCUACAAAGGAAAGACAGUUGGGGCAAGAGGACCUAGGAAUGGGGGAACCAAAUCAGCCUGUCCUCCAAGAGGCAUCAGUCACCCACACCAAGAAGGAGGCUGUCUGUACCUUAGAAGCCUGUUCUGCAUCCAUACACCCUCCCUAAGGACUUUGCUUUACUCUUUAUGUUCAUGUGAUCUUGACAGGGAAAUUGUCAUUUUUAUUAAUUUUUUAAAAAUUAGUCUUUCAAAUAUAGUAAGUAGAACUAAUUUUUUGCCCCUGACGAGUGGGCAGAAGAAGGAAGUGGUACAAUACCCAGAGGCCUUUUCUUCCUGAUACACUGUAGUGUUUGCCUUCUGAAGCAAAGUGGCUUGCUAAGCCUUUCAAACAAUGAGCCAUGCUAAUGAGUGAUUUGGGGGAGAGGUGGGGAAAAUAACAUAACUUUGGUCUCCUUAAAGCAACAACAAGAGCAACAACUAAAAACUGAAUUAUAGUCACAAAUCCCUGAAUGUAAGCUGGCACAUGUGUCAGCGUGACCAUAGGAAGAAGGACAUCAGAGCCUAACCUCUCUUACUCCCUGAGGAGUUUCUUAUUGGACCCAAUGGGGUCCAUGAAGACACUGAUGGGGAUGGAACCAGACCACAUGACAUCAACUGCAGUUUUUUUUGCUGUGUUCAUCUUCUCAGAAAAUUCUGUUGCCCAGUUAUUUGGGAGCUCUUUCCUGUAGUCUACCUUUAAACGAAGGGACACUUUAAGGGUUACUGUGAUUGAGGAGGGAAGCGGGACAAUACUCAAAUCCAUAUGAAGUUAAUGUAGAUUCAUUUCCUACUGGAAGUAAGUCCCUGCCCUUGCUGCUCUUAAAGAUAUUGCCACCUUUUUGCAGAGGAUACUUUGUAAAUGUCUGUAGUUCGGACUCAACUAGAUCUAUUAACUUGUGUUGUUCACAGCCAUAUUGAUAUUUAGGGGGAUUUACGCAGAACAUAAAGGCAAAAGCGAAAAGAAGCAUCGUCCCUUCAACAGCCUUAUCCUGACCUGUACCCUCUUAGGAAUAUUCUUAACUAGAACCAUGCUCCAUGGAGUCUGUCUUUGCCUCUAUGAGCUGCAACUGGCAAGGCCUUCCGUCCAGUGCUCUUCCAGCAAGCCACAAAGGAUGGGUUCACAUUGCAAGAGUAUAGUAGGUGCACUCCCUCUGUCUCCCCUGUGCCUGUUGGUUAUGGUCCUACCUUCCCUGUUGCCCAAGGGGAGGAUUCAGCACUUGAAUUCCAAAUCGAAGAAUGCUGAUGCUUAACACUUGAUGUUGAGCGUGGUCUAAUUUUUAAGUCCCCAGCAUCCUAUCUCCUCGACUACAUGACUAGUACAUCAUCAUCAUCUAUCAGUAAUCCUAUAGCUGGAUUAAGGGGACAGUUGCUUAGACCCAGGCCCCCACCCCCUUCCAUUCAUAAAGACCCCUUGUGGGGGUAGAGUUUUGGUGUUUUCAGCAAAGAAAGCCAUAUUUUUAUUGCCCCUCUGCUAGAACUGUGAGCAUCUCAUGCCCCCUCCCUGAACAUCUCAUAUCCCUCCCCUGAACUCUGGUAAAAGCUGCUGUUCUGCCUGAGCACCAGAGGCUGCAGUCACUGCCUGCACAGCAGGGCUACUCAGGUCCUUCAACUCAGAUGACCCAGGGAGGCAGAGGAAAGGAACCAAGAGUGCGGAACCUCUUGUCCUGAUGGCCCACGAAAAUGCCAUUUCUUACUCUUCUCGGGAAUGCUAUUUUUACUGUCAGAUUUGGAAUCCUUUCUUUGAAACAUUUGAAGUUAAUGUUCCCCAUACCGUGCAGCUUCAUAUGAUCUUAUAUUGAGCUUUUCUGCUUCAGUCUUCCCUCUUUGGGAAUACUGCCUGCUCCUUUCUAAUUUAUUCUCUGCAGUAUAAAAAGGUAAUAAAGUUAUUGCUGAAACUCACCUACUGUUCUCUCAAAGAGGACAUGUUGCCCAAGUGUGUUUGGAUGGAAAGGGAGCUGCCUAGAACGUGUAUGUAAUCCCUGUAAUCAUGUGGUGUGUAAUCCAUGUAAUCACUCCUUUUGAGUGCACUGCCUGGAUCCCAAAGCUUUGCACCCUCCUCCUCCACUAGUGGGUGCACUCGGCAUGCCCUCCACUUGGACUAGGACUUCUAUGCUGACCCGGUCUAUGAGACCUCUAGGGCCAGCUGAUGCCCAUGUUCUUGAAAGACUCCCUAGCCCCCUUUGGUGAGCCCUUACUGCCCUAGUCUCCAACACUGGUAUAUUUUUGGAUAAUUUUGACUGAAAGCAAAAUCUUUUAUAGUGUGGUAGGUUAGCUACUUCGGGGUAAAUGUGAUCCCAAGAGCUGGACAGUGGUGGAUGGAUGGAGGAAGCUUUUGGAAUGAUGCAUUGUUUGAUCAUUUGUGCCUAAUUAAAUGAAGUUAGAGGUCUGUACACCAUGAGUGUGCCUGUGGUCUGUAAUUCUCCAAAUAUUAAUGUUUGUGGUUGUGGAGCUGUUUCCCCGAAUCCUUGACAAGAGAGCGGUUAGCAGAGAUGAGAGAGCCUUGGAAGUUUCUUGGCCUCACAGCCUCUGUCUUGGAGAUUGAAGGAGGCUGAAGACAGAAGCCCUGAAGCUGAUGCUGGAGAGGUACCACUUCAGCAGUUACCUUGAGGUGGGCUAAGAAGGAAGUUUUCCCUUUUUAUAUACAGCAGGCUCAAGGACACUGAGAAUAGAAGUGAAAACUUCGGAGGAAUAGAAAUGGAUCCUUUGUACUACUGCAGCUGCUUCUGAUAGCUGGAGCCAGAGACUUAUUUUGCAGAAGAUUGGUGAAAAAUCCUUAAGAAGAGAAGAAAUGUGAGAGAGGUUGAGAAAACUUUUGACUCUUUAUGAUCACUAAUAACUUCAUGGGCAGCACCUGAGCUACACUUGUUUUGGUUGUAGACACAUAGCUUCUCAGUCAGGCUCUAGACACUGCUUCUACAGUGGUUCUUUCUAGGACUCUGUUGCUGUUUCUGGAUUAGACCUGUGAGCAGUUUAUUUUCUGGAGGUCAUUGCCUUUUUAUCCUGUUCCACAUCCCUUGUCUAAAAGUCUUUCCAAAUCAGUUAUAUUAUGCUGCUUUUAAAAAAUUCCCUAAAAGCCACCGUUCUGGGAUUUUAUGUCAUCAUACAUUCACCAGAAGAUGAGCCAAUGUAUAGGUAGACAAAGGCACCCUUGACAAUGUUUUUAAAUAGUGGUAUUUUUUUAAGCUCACCAAUAUAAGUAUUUUUAAAGGUUAUAUUUUUCAAAGUCAUAACAUUGAUUAUUAUUGUGUUCUUGCCUAGACUAGAUUGUCAUGGGGCAAAAAAUGAUUCCUAGUUUCUAUUUUUCCAAAUAAAUAAGUAGAACAUGUUCUUGGGAUAAUACUACUAAAUAUUCAUUUUCUUAGAAAGAAGCAAAAUUUUCUGUCUGCCAAAGUUUUAUGUUAGUACAUGGAUUAUGGUAGAAGACAAGAGUCCCAGGUUGAACAUUAGGAUGACUCAUGUUGUGUGCCUUUAGGUAUGAAGUGAGCCUUUACCCUUCUUAGGGAGGCAUUGUUUUGAACACAGAAACUUGAUUGGUUGGCUGUUUUGUAGUAAGGAUCCUGAAAAGAAAAAAGAGUCUUGGAGAGAACUGCUGGCCUUGGCAUGACCCCAACACCAAUGUGAGUCCACAAGGAGUUUUCCUCAUCUGGGGUUCAGUGUAUCAUUUUCCUGUCUGAGUGUUAUCCAUUUGUUCAGUUAUUUUGGCUUUUGCCAUUUAGCCAAAUAAAGGCAAUGUGGGUUUACCAAA